AUGCAAACACUGCAUCGGGCGACCCAAGGUCGCGGCAGUAAUUAUGCAGGAAACGAGUACCAGGUCACGGUCGCCAAGUGCUCGUCAGCUCAGUAUGACCCCAAUGCUAGGAUGCCACCCAAGCGAGGGCUACCGCAUCAAGAGCGGGUGCGGCCAAAGAGGCGAGCUCAAAAGCUGAGAAUUGGGACGAUUAAUGUAGGAACUAUGACUGGCCGAGGAAGAGCAUUGACGGAGUUGAUGCGGAGAGGGAAAGUGGACAUUAUGUGUGUGCAGGAAACUAGAUGGAGUGGCAAUAAGUCGAAAGAGUUGGGAGACGGAUACAAGUUAAUCUAUGGAAGUGCAAAUUUGGACAAAAGAAAUGGUGUUGGAAUAAUAGUGUCGGAAAGAAUUAAGAGUGCAGUUUCGAAAACGGGUUGCACCGAAGAUGAAAAGAUGAGUUUUGGACAACACUACAGGAUGAAUUUGAGAAGGUUGCUGAAGACGAAAGAAAUGUUAUCGGUGGAGACUUAA